UCGGACUGGAAAUGAUCUGUUCACAACCUCUCCAGCAGCCGUGGAGUGGGACCUCCGUGCAUCGCGCAGUAUCAGCGAGCUCCAAAACGGCCAAAAUGUAAAAGACAAACAGCAGUCGCUCACCGCUUUUGAAAAGUAGGUGGGGAUCGGAAACGCGCAUUGUAAAAAAAAAAACGGAGCGUAAAGUUGCUCAGCAUGGAUACGCAAUAAGCUGUGCGUAACAAAAAAACAAAAAGCGAGUCAAAGAAGACAGAAGUAAAACUUCUCCAGUGGAUUUUUCGGUUGAGAUAGCUGCGUCAGAGCACUACUGGGACGUUGCGAAAAGCUGAAACGGAAAGAAAGAACCGACACAGCUGACACCCGCUGUCCAGAGGUUAGACACGGAGACGGAUCGCAGCGCGCAGUCUGCCAGCGAAAGCUUGACAAGAUCAUGAACUGAAUUUGUCUGGAGAAGCAGACUUUAUGUAAGAAGUGGGGCAACGCCGCCCGACCUGUUCUCUUCGUCAUGCGUAAAGACGUUUUGUCGUUCACGGUCUUGUUGGUGUGACAGAGUUCCGCUCCUAAGGGUCAUUUCCACAGAACGCUGCCUCCGGCUAAUGCCGCAGCUCCGGACGGAGUUAGUAGAAAGUUUUGCCGUUUACAUCCUCCUCUACCUCCUGUCAACAUGAUCGAGAGCGCUGAGUGCGCUGCAGCUGACAGCUACUCGCACGGAGAGAGCAUCAACCUCAGCGUGCUCAACUGGGAGCAAGUGCAUCGGCUGGACACCAUCCUCACGGGCUCCAUCCCAAUUCACGGGCGAUGGAGCUUCCCGACCCUGGAGGUGAAGCCACGAGAUAUCGUCAAGGUGGUCCGAAGCCGCAUGGAGGAGAAGCGGAUACAUGUUCGGGAGGUGCGGUUAAACGGAUCGGCAGCCAGCUACGUCCUGCAUGAGGACAGCGGUCUGGGAUGGAAAGAUCUGGACUUAAUAUUUUGCGCCGAGCUGAAAGGGGAGAUGGAGUUUCAGAUAGUGAAAGAUAUAGUGCUGGACUCACUUCUAGACUUCUUGCCCGAGGGGGUGAAUAAAGAAAAGAUCACACCAGUGACCUUAAAGGAGGCUUAUGUGCAGAAGAUGGUGAAGGUGUGUAACGACUCAGAUCGCUGGAGUCUCAUCUCACUGUCCAACAACCGUGGCAAGAACGUGGAGCUCAAGUUUGUGGACUCUCUUCGCCGGCAGUUUGAGUUCAGCGUGGACUCUUUCCAGAUCCGCCUGGACUCGCUCCUCCUCUUUUACGAGUGCUCGGAGCACCCAAUGGCUGCAACUUUCCACCCCACCAUCCUUGGGGAAAGUGUCUAUGGUGACUUCCCCACCGCCCUCGAUCACCUGCGCAAGCGCCUCAUCUGCACGAGGAGCCCCGAGGAGAUACGCGGCGGGGGCUUGCUGAAGUACUGCCACCUGCUGGUUCGGGGUUUCCGUGCAGCUUCUGACACCGAGAUGAAACUGCUGCAGCGCUACAUGUGCUCGCGAUUCUUCAUAGACUUUCCUGAUGUGAGUGAGCAGAGGAGAAAGCUGGAGUCCUAUCUGCAGAACCACUUUGUAGACCUGGAGGACAGGAAGUAUGACUACCUUGCCACGCUGUACAAUGUGGUGCAAGAGAGCACUGUGUGCCUGAUGGGCCACGAGAGGCGUCAGACACUCAGCCUCAUCUCGUCGCUGGCCCUUCGGGUUCUGGUCCAGCAGAAUGCCAUACCCAAUGCUGCCAAUGUCACCUGCUUCUACCAGCCGGCUCCAUAUGUCUCUGAUGGCAACUUCAGCAACUAUUACGUAGCACAGAUUCAGCCUGUCUACUCAUGCCCACCCUCUCCUCCUCAGCAGUACCUUGCUUCUUUGCAGCACCCCAUGUACGCCACUUGGUUGCCCUGUAACUAAACCUUUUUUAUGUCCAUGCACCACUGUGUAAGUGCUGGGACUCCCACCCACUAAAAGGGAGGAGUGAUGAUUUUUUUUAAAUCUCCUCCUUGAGAACGGAAGUUUGUGGAAAGGACAAAAGGAAAGCAAGAGAUAAGAUUGGGCAAGGAAGAAGAGAAUCAAGGAAAGGCAAGAAAAUGAAGACAAGGAAUCAGGACCAAAGCAGCAAGAGAAAGAAAUGUUUUUCCCCCCGGGUUAGGAUGCCACAGCAGGAGGUGAGCACACAGGGAGAGAUGCCAGUGAGUGGGGCUGGCCUGCCAGUUCGAGGGUUUGGUAGAUCAAACCGUCGCUGAGGCUCUGAGUCAUAAAUAGCCUGGACAGGAUAGUGUUCUGGUGUGUUGUGGGUUUUGACAUGUGUAAUAAGCACAUCUUCUUCACAUUGCAAACCAAAACAUGAGAUCACAAAUGGCCACAAAGAGCAAAGAGCAGCAAAGGAUGCAGAAGAUGUUUUCUUUCACAUAUUUACCGUCUGCACUGAGUUUGUGGGAGACUGGAACUUUGUUUUCAAAGACAAUUGCAAAAAAAGGAAGUGAGUACUGUUUACAACCCAAAGAUCUGCUUUGUUACUCAAGUUUUUCUUUCUGAACUCUGACAACAACAAAAAAAACAACAAAAAAA